UUAUUUAUCAUGAUGUAUACUAGGUUAUUUUUGUCAUUAUUUAUUUUAUUUUUAGUUUGUUUUAUAAAAAUUAAUGGAGAAAAUCAUGCUGAACUUGGUGAAUCAAGUCAAGAUAAUAUACUUGAUAAAUUUGGAGUAAAUGAAAAUGAAAUAUUAAAUGAUGAUAAAGUUGACAGUGAAUUGACAGUUGACGUUAAUAAAUAUGACGAAAAUCAAGAAGAACCUUUAGAUGAAAUAGAGAUUAGUAAUUUCGAAAAUUAUGAUGAUGUUGUUGAAGAAAAAGGAAAUGUUACAUUGACUGAGCCAAUUAAUGAACCAAAACCUAAAGUUUAUAGAAAUUGUGUUACUGGUAAAACUUAUGGAACUGUUGAAGUUGUCAAUGCAACAAGACUGAUGGAACUAUUAAUAAUGGAACCAUCAAAUCGUACAGAUGCUUCAAAAGGUUCAGACGAAAAAGACGAUAAUAAAUUGACUAAUGGAAAAACAAAUUCAACAACAUGUGUAUUAGUUUUAUUUUAUGCAAGAUGGUGUUUAUUUAGUAGUCAAGCAGCACCACAUUUUAAUGCACUAGCUAGAUAUUUUUCUGAUAUUAAAAUUGUUGCAAUUGAUGCAUCAAAAUAUCAAAGUUUUAAUACACAAUUUGGAAUUGUUGGUGUACCAACAAUAAUGUUUGUUUACAAUGGUAAAGCAUCAUUUCGAUUUAAUGAUACAUCAUAUAAUCUUGAAGCAUUUUCGAAAUUCGUUACUGAAUAUACUGGUCUAGAGCCAAGUGGUUCAAUUUAUGUUAAUUCAUCUGAUUUUGGUGGACCAGUACCAAGUGUACCAUCAAAUAGUUUUGAUUAUUAUCUUGUUUUAUCAUGGAUAUUUAUUGCUGCUUGUGGAUUUUAUUUUACAUUACAAAGCCAAUGGUGGAAACAAUUUGUUGAACUUGUUCAAAAUACUUGGAGAGAAAGUAAUGCACAACAUGAACAUACUGAUUAAACAAAAAAAAAAUGUUUUAAUUUUAUUUAUUAGAUACAUUGUUGUUAAUUAAUAUAUGUAAAUAAUGAAUUUAUUAAAAUUUAAUUCUCAUCU